UUUCAACGCAACUUUAACGGAAGCCGAUAAAAAGUAGACGACCGAUUUAUAAUUAGCCGUAAUUAACGAGAGUUCCUAAUGUUAGCUUGCAAAACGUAACAGAAAACACCACGAGUUAGUCAUGAAGUGAAGUCUAAGGUUUAAGGAGACAGUAAAUAGCGAAGAAAUGGUGAAAUGCAACCGAAAAUCGUGUUUGGCCCGCUAGCUCUUAUGCUAAUCAUUUGAAGUGUGACGCAGUUUUUAAAGGACCUGGACCAAUUCGGCUCCGUAUGGUGCUUCAGGAUGGAUAAUACCACCUUUCCAUACAGAAAGGACAAAGCAAAUGUGAGUGUCCAUUUGAUCCUGUCUGUUCCUCCCUGCAUCCAUCCAUGUGUGUUUCAUACCGUUGACCCAUCCAUCUGCUUGCCCAUUUGUCCUUCCGGCCGUCCUUCUGUCCAUGCGUCUGUCCAUCACUCCAUCCAUUUAUUUCUCCAUCUGAGGGUUCAUGUAUCUGCAGGAAUCCAGCAGCACACAGGAACAAGAUCUGCAACAACAACCGAAAAACCCACCAAUUCCUGUGUGCGAUUAGCAGGUGCUGAUUGCCGACCAAUGUGAGUCCGAGCGGCCUUUCCUGCCUCAGCUGAUUGCAGAAUGACAACCGAGCUGAUACUCUGACCAACAAUCGGCGGACACCGGGGGGAAUAAGAUUGAGGUUUGUUGUUGUGUUGCCAUGGAUCGAAGGAAACUUUGUGGUCUUAUGAUGCUGUGGGCCGUGGUCCACCUCAGCUCUCCGGGUUACAGCCUCAGGGCCCUGCGAAGGACUACAGGGGGGCGGAGAGGGUCGACGGGCCUGACGGGACAGGAUGCCAACGGAGUCCCGCUCAGACGCUCUAAACGAGGGUGGAUGUGGAACCAGUUCUUUCUGUUGGAGGAGUACACUGGGACGGACAUGCAGUAUGUGGGAAAGCUCCACUCGGACGGGGACAGAGGAGACGGCAGUGUAAAGUACGUCCUCACCGGGGAAGGAGCCGGGACCCUCUUCAAGAUCGACGAGAAGUCCGGGGACAUCCACGCCACCAAGAGGCUGGACCGCGAGGAGAAGGCCUACUACAUCCUGCACGCCAAGGCCGUCAACCGCUUCACUAACGAAGCGCUGGAGGGCGAGUCCGAGUUCAUCAUCAAAAUCCAUGACAUCAACGACAACGAGCCGCGCUUCACCAAGGACCCGUACAUGGCCGGAGUGCCCGAGAUGUCUGACGUUGGCACCUCUGUGAUUCAGGUGUCGGCCACGGACGCAGACGAUGCCACGUAUGGUAACAGCGCCAGGGUGGUGUACAGCAUCCUGGAGGGCCAGCCGUACUUCUCGGUGGACGCUGAAACAGGCCUGAUCAAGACGGCGCUGCCCGGCAUGGACCGGGAAGUGAAGGAGCACUACCAGGUAGUGAUCCAGGCUAAAGACAUGGCUGGACAGAUGGGUGGGCUCUCAGGAACAACCACGGUCAGCAUCACCCUGUCAGACGUGAACGACAACCCGCCGCGCUUCACCAAGACCCUGUACGAGUUCAGAGUGGCUGAGUCCAACGAGCUGGGCUCCGCAGUGGGAGUGAUCCGUGCCGUGGACGCCGACAUCGGCCAGAACGCAGAGAUGGACUACAGGAUCAUCAGUAGCGACGGGCCGGGGAUGUUCGACAUCACCGUCAACAGGAGCACGCAGGAAGGCGUCAUCCUGCUUAGAAAGCCUCUGGAUUACGAGAAGAAGCGUCAGUACAGCCUUCGGAUUCAGGUGGAAAACGUCCACAUCAACCCCCGCUUCUACUCCAUGGGUCCCUUCAGGGACGAAGCCAGCGUCAAGAUCGUGGUGGAGGACGUGGACGAGCCGCCCGUGUUCGAGCGUCCCAGCUACAUCAUGGAGAUCAAGGAGGACACGGCGAGGAACACCGUCAUCGGGUCAGUCAGCGCGUCAGAUCCCGACGACAAACACAGCCUUGUCAGGUACACCAUCGACCGGCGCACAGACAUGGACCGAGUCUUCAACAUCCACGCAGGCAACGGGUCGGUGUUCAUCUUCCGGGAGCUGGACAGAGAGGAGAACGCCUGGCACAACAUCUCCGUCAUCGCCACAGAGUUCAACAACCCGCGACAGACAAGCCGUGUGCCUGUAUACAUCAGAGUGCUGGACGUCAACGACAACGCACCAACAUUUGCCACCAAUUAUGAGACGUUCGUGUGUGAGAACGCCAAGGCUAAUCAGAGGAUACAAACCGUGAGGGCCAUGGAUCCCGACGAGCCGCUCGGAGGACAUCGAUUCAUCUUCAGUCUGGCCCCGGAGGCUGUUGGGAAAGCCAACUUCUCCGUUCGUGACAACAAAGACAACACGGCCUGGAUCCUAACGCGGAGGAACAGCUACAGCAGCCUCCAGAAGAGCAUCUACCACGUUCCGGUGGUGAUCACAGACGGAGAGUUCCCGGUCCAGAGCAGCACCAACACGCUGACCAUCAGGGUGUGCACCUGCGACCGCGAGGGCAACAUGAAGCUGUGCAACCCUGAGGCGCUGACGGCGAGGGCGGGGCUCAGCACCGGCGCCCUGGUGGCCAUCCUGCUCUGCGUCAUCAUUCUUCUCAUGAUCGUGGUGCUGUUCGCUGCCCUGCGGAGGCAGAGGAAGAAGGAGCCUCUGAUCAUCUCCAAAGAGGAUGUCAGAGACAAUGUCGUCAGCUACAACGACGAGGGCGGAGGAGAGGAGGACACGCAGGCCUUUGAUAUCAGCACGCUGCGCAACCCGGAGGCCAUGGAGGAGAGCAAACAGAGGCGGGAUAUCAUCCCCGAAACCUUCUACCCCCCAGUUCGACGGCCCGUGGUGCCGCCAGCGAGCCGAGAAAAUAACGGCGACGUGAGGGACUUCAUCAACCAGCGGCUGCAGGACAACGACAACGACCCGACGGCGCCACCUUAUGACUCGCUGGCCACCUACGCCUACGAGGGCAACGGCUCCGUGGCAGAGUCCCUCAGCUCGCUGGAGUCGGUGACCACCGAGGGCGACCAGGACUACAACUACCUGAGCGAGUGGGGGCCCCGCUUUAAGAAGCUGGCGGACAUGUACGGGGGCGACGACAGCGACUCCUAACAAGAACCUGGCACACGGACGGAAGCGUGACAGAAAACCCGAACUUUCAGGCAGUUUGGCCCUGUGGACGCACGGCCGGUGGAACAUCGAGAAGGAGAACCGGCCGGCGCCGUCCCUCUGGUGACCAGACGUAGGCUUUGUGUGUCCAGUCAGUGUUAGUUGCGUUUUUGCAGGGACGCAGUGAAGACUUUUUUUGUGUGUGUAUUCAGGGUCCAAACGAGGCCCAAAUAUAUCUCAACAGAUUUGUUUUUGUUUUUUUCCAAAGCCGCCUGUGACUUGCGGACUCGCCACAAGCAGUUUGGUCACCAACAGAUAUGCCGAUGUGUUUUUCAGUGUUUCUGGGACUAAAACAUGCUGCAUAUUGUGAGUUCUAUCUUAGCUUGUGUACGUAUGGUUAUAUGAUACAAUCUGAUGUACAGUUUUGUUUUCUAGGGACUUUUAUCUCUCCACCCUUCUGCAGUUUAGUAAAUGAAGCACCGUUCGUUAAAAACUAAUAUAAAGUUGUAUCUGAACAGCUUUGAGACAAGUUGGAAUACCAAAUAUUUCCUCAUCGUGGGAAUGUUGUCAGAGUUUAACUACAGCAGAUUAGUGUUUUAGUUUCAAUCGGAUCCAAUAAGGAAAAUACUGGUUUUUCCUGACCUAACGAGAAAUGGAAAGAGGUCAGAGAAGCUGGAUCGAUGGGUGGAGGUUUCUUCUUCAUGGUGCACAAUUAAAUGACUGCUUGCCAAUAUAGGUAGGUGCUACCUGCAACCAGAGAAAAUUCUGCACUACAGGGUACACCUUCAUAGAUUUAAAUGUGAUCCAAACGUAUUUCAGUAAUUCAAUUAAAUUUAAAUGAUAUAGACUGAUCUCUUUAAGCAUUUUUCUUAAUUUUGAUUUAUGUUUCUCAGAAGAAAAGUAACCAUCCUUCCACUUAACGUUCCAUUAAUGCGCUUGGAUACAGCACUCUGAACAGCCAGCUUCUAAGGCAAUGUUUUGUGGCGACUCCCUAAGACAAUUUCAGUAUUCCAUCAGACCAACUAAAACUUUGUAUGUUUGCAGAAAAGUUGAUUUGUUGCCGGAAGACUGCUGACUGGAAGCUGUCCUGCAGAACAAAGAGGCUAAGCCACAAGAUAUCUUUUGCUAAAGAAGCUGGCUGUUUACACAGUGCUAUAUGUAAGCAUAUAUAUGGAAAGUUGAGUGGAGGGAGAAAGUGCAGUGUUGAAAGGAUUGUGAAGCAAAGAUUUGUGGAUAGAUUCUUACCUUGGCUAAGGAGAUAAAGGACUGCACUAUUGCUCGGUGCUCCAAAUGCCUCUUUAUCAGACACUUAAGAAAACAUUGCAUUUCAUUUGGAAAUCAAGGUCCCAGAGUCUGGAGGAGUGGAGAGGCACAGAAUUGGUGUGAAAUUCCCACAGUCAGAGAAGAUAUUACUUAUGCUGGAUGUUGUUUUCAGGAGGCCAACAUUUCUGUAAUAAACAUUCAUUUUUAAAUCGUUCUAAACUCAAAUUUGGGUUUUCAUUGGCUGCAAGCCAUAAAUACCAAAAUUAACAGAAAUAAUUUUGAAUUACGUCACGCUGUCUGUAAUGAAUCCAGCUUUCCUCUUAUUGAAUUACUGAAAUAAAUGAACUUUCAGAUUAUUUGUUUAGAUGCAGGUUAAUCUUUUAGUUUCAGUCUUACAAUGAAGAUGUGAUGAGGAAAAGGUGGAGUUAGUACAGUUUUUGUGCCAACUACACUCAACUGAAUUUGAUCGAUCUGUGAAGAAUAUGAACUUUUAACAAAGUCUAUGAAGUGAUUCAAAAGACUUACCCAGAAUUUCAAAAGGAAUUUCUUUUCCCGAGGAAUAAAAAGUUUAAUUGGUCUCCAGAUCAUCCAAAGCAAGUAGAAACGAAAGUAGGAGACUCUACAUUGUGUCCUGCUCAGAGAGGGAUGUGCAAUGAAGCAGCGAUUGUAAAACAGAAAUGUGCCAAAAAGCAAAGAGCGCCAGUAUUUUCCUUUACAAAAAAAGACCUCCCAUGGUUGCGGUCGUUCCUCGUGCCUCAUUACAUGCACUGUACCUCGCUUUGGAGCCAGAGCAAACGCUCCAGCUUUACCCAGCUGAUUUCCUGCGGGACCUCCAGCCUCCUCCAUAAAGAUGCUUAUCGAAGGGCCACCUGACCUUUGAGCGGAGCAGAAUUAGGCUUUUAAACCCAGAAGAUUGUCCUCGGCUCGGAGAGAAGGUCAGCGCAUCGACGAGGACACACGAGAAGUUUGUUUUAAAUGUGAUUUGGAAAACAAAUGAAAACUAUCCUUAAGCUGCAGUAUUACAGAAUUAGUCAAAGACCACCUAAAGAUGAGUAAACAGCUCUGAGUUCAGCCUGGUGUCGGUUUCUGACAGGGCGAAGUCGUACCAGCGGAAAAAAACUGCAGCAACUUCAAACUGCUCUGCCCUCGCUUUGACAAAAGGCCAACCUGUGAAGAGGCUGACAUUUGUCAGACAUUUGGAACAAAAAUAACACAACGGCAUAAUUGCCACAGAGCUACUUUUUUCUCUCCGUCUGUAAUGGUGCAGGCUAUUAAACACGCCGGCUGAUUACAAAGGCUGGAAACUGAGAAGCUACUAUGUAUGUGGGCUCUCUUGUUUCAUUUAUUAGCUGGCCACUGAACUUCUCAUUGGAGUUUUCAGACUGAAGCUGUGUUGCUACAAGCAUUUAAUCAUCAGCAUUUCAACAUCCUUCACUGUAACAAAGCUGUUGGUCGGCCUCUGAGUAACACAUAGUUCAGUAUUUCUAGUUUUGUCUCUUUUCCUGCACCGUCUGCAGAGGCUGUAUACAUGGAGCUGGAGGCUACAUCUCACAUGGAUCCAGCUAAUGACCCUGAUAACUCAGCAACCAGUGGUGACCAAUCACAAGGCAGGAACCUUCCACCUGAGCGGUAACGCAAGUAUCUGACGCUGUUCCCUCUGAAAUCGAAUCAGAAUUUAAAAAGAAAUGAUCUAAAACAAUGGUGGUGAAAUGAUGGAUUGGCGACCUGUCCAGGGUGUAACCUGCCUCUCGCCCAUAGACAGCUGGAGAUAGGCACCAGAUCCCCUGUGACCCCUUAUGGAAUAAGCGGUAUAGAAGAUGGAUGAAUGAUCUAAAACAUGCAGCAAACAGAAAAAGACCAGUAAGAUUUACGUAGCUGGACCAAUAAUAGUAAUCAUGCUUUCCUCUUUAUCACAUAGGUUGUAAAUCUGGUCAUUAAACUCUUUGGUGAACAUAUCUUUACUGAUUUCCAGUUAGCAAUCUAAAUGCUAUUAGCAUUGUGUUGCUAAAUGCUAUUAGCAACACAAGCCAAGAAUGUAUUUCUCAACAAUUAUUGGAUCCAAUCACUGGAACUAAAAUUUUCUACAACACAAGUUGUCCAGUACAGCAGAAAUGCAAACUAACGUUUUUCUCACUGCAGCCAUGUUGGCUUUGAGGCCAGGGUUCCUGUAUGGUGUUUAUCCAUGCGAAUAAUUACCAUGCAGACGUUGACAACUAGGAUUUCAACAUUUGGCUGCCAACACUUUGAAGCUGUAAAUAUCAGCUGCUUGCAUUCAUCACAAAUUUACACGGUGCUACUUCCUCCCGCUGUCUGGUUUGUCUCUCUAGUCUGGUAAAAGAAACCAAAAACAGACAGUCUGGACUCAUGGUGCUAACAAUCGGCUUCCCAAAACUGAUGUAGCUAAUUGUAAUAAUUAUUAGCAUCAAAUGGUCAAGUAGACUUCUAAUAGGUUGACCAUUAGCAUGAGGAGGCUAAUAACAUGCAGGCUAAUUAGCAACAGAGUCAAACACUUUCUUGUUGGUCUGCUUUGGUUAUUAGCAUUUUGAAGCUAACUAAAUUAGAUGAUUACAUGAGGCAAAACAUUGAACACUUUACCACCUGGUCCUACUGACUACCCGGCAUGCCGACCAUUAGCAUAGCUAGGCAGCUGAGGAUAAUAUCCACGCUAAGAAAACGCAGCCUAACUAGGACUCUAGAACUGAGGUGCCAACUAUUAGCAGCACCAGCUACGCAAUGCUAGUGCUGCUAAUAGUAUAGUAGUAACUGACACAUGCUAACGAUUAGCAUCAUUCACAUGUACAUGUUUACAACUAGCAUUUCAAAGCUAACUAUAUUAGCUAUUUGCAUUAAUCAGGAAACUAUGCAGUAUGAGCCUAAUAAGUGGCCCACUCGCAACAUGAACCACUAAGUCAACGGAGUGGUUGCCUGGUCACCACUGCCGGUUGCUCAGUAAUCAAGGGUAGCUAAUUAUUAGCCAGUUGGUUUUAACAGAGCUAAAGGUUUCAGCUCGAUUUCUGUCCAUUUAAAGACAGCAGACAGCUCUUAAUCUCAAGUGGAUAUGAACAGAGAAGUGUUUUAUCUGGUUUUCACAUUUUACAGUUUUCAUAUGGGUUAUAAGAAUAUCAUCACCGCUAAGAACUGUUUGUGUUUUUCUAUGAGGAAUAAAACAAAAAUGACCCCCACCACAUUGGGGGUUUUUCUUUUUCUGGUGUGCAAGACGGUUUUGAGGUAACUGGUUGGAGACACUGAAGUCCAGAUGCAGUAGACCUGUGGUUGUUGAUGUGCUGACUCAGUUGGCCUCGGGCCUCGCCUCUUCUAUGCUGUAAGUCUGUCGGUGGCGUUGUGGUUGAGCAGUCGAGUUUUGUUGAAGUAGAAACCAUACGAGAACUAGUGGUAGUCCGAGGGGGCCCGACUCGACCCGACAUUCAUCACUCUGCUUUGUAAACCGUGAUAUUUUGUACUGAAUAUUUAUAUGACACGAUUAAAUAUGUUUAAAAUGA